AUGGAACGGAUUGUUCAAGGGCUUCUUUACUUACAAGAAUACUCAAGGUUGACAAUAAUUCAUAGAGACAUAAAAGCUAGCAAUACUUUGUUGAAUGAUGCCUUAAAGCCAAAAAUUUCAGAUUUUGGUAUGUGGUUAUGUUUCCCUGAAUAUGUAAAAAAGGGCCUAUGCUCCACAAAGUCUAAUUUGUAUAGCUUUGGAGUUUUGCUUCUGCAAAUUAUAAGUGGCAAGAGGACAGCAAGUUUCUAUGGUGAACAUGAAGAUUUAAACAUCACAGGAUAUAAAGAAGGCAGAGGCAUGGAGUUUAUGGAUUCUAGUCUUGAUGACUCAUUUUCACCAUGUAAAUUGUUGAGGUGCAUGCAUGUUGCUCUGUUAUGCGUGCAAGAAAGUGCAAAUGACAGGCCUUCUAUGUUGGAAAUUUCUUCAAUGUUGAAAAGUGAAAGUAAUCUGACAUUCCCAAAGAAACCUGCAUUUUCUAGAGCAAAUGAGGUGGAAGAAGCCAAUGAAAGAAUAUUGCAGAUGGAAACUAAAUCAAUUAAUGAAUUGACUGUCUUUGAAGCAGUAGCAAAAGAUAGUAAAGCUGAAUUCUUUUGA